GCUGCGGCUAGUCGCGCACAACGGCCUGAAUACGGCGGACGUCUCUUCGUUUUCUUUGAGUUGUAACGUUUCUUUUCGUUUAGUUGUUGUUGCUUCCUUUUUUUUUUGAUUUCUUGCUGCUGUUGCUGUACAAUUUCGAGUCGUGGAUAAUUUUGUUUCCUCCGAUCGUGGAGGAUCAUUUUCAAAGAAAAUUUAUUAAAAAAAAAACAACAACAAAUAUAUAGUAUAUAAAUAUAUACAAAAUGGAAAUUGAGGUGGGUGAAAGAGAACCCGCAUCUGGCGGCAGCCGUUGCAAAAGUUUUAUUGCCAAUCAUUGGAAGGGUUUGGUUGUAUUCUUAAUACCCUUGCUAUGUUUACCUGUGAUGAUUCUGAAUAAUACUCCUCCCUACCGUUGCAUGUACCUUUUAAUUGUUAUGGCCAUCUUUUGGGUCACAGAAGCUUUACCUUUAUAUGUUACAUCAAUGUUGCCUAUUGUUGCAUUCCCGAUUAUGGGUAUUAUGAGCUCAGAUGAAACGUGUAAAUUAUAUUUCAAAGAUACACUGGUCAUGUUUAUGGGCGGUAUUAUGGUCGCUUUGGUUAUUGAAUAUUGUAAUUUGCACAAACGCUUGGCAUUGCGAGUAAUCCAAAUUGUGGGCUGCAGUCCCAGAAGAUUACAUUUCGGUUUGAUUUUCGUUACCAUGUUCUUGUCCAUGUGGAUCUCCAAUGCCGCUUGUACAGCCAUGAUGUGUCCCAUUAUUCAGGCCGUUUUGGAGGAGUUGCAAGCCCAAGGCUUAUGCAAAAUGACCACCGAACCCGAGUACAAGAUUGUGGGUGCCAACAACAAAAAGGCCAAUGAAGAAGAACCCCCAUACCCCUCCAAGGUCACAUUGUGUUACUACUUGGGCAUUGCCUAUGCCUCAUCCAUGGGUGGUUGCGGCACAGUCAUUGGUACUGCCACCAACUUGACCUUCAAGGGUCUCUACGAAACUCGUUUCCCAAAUUCGAAAGAAACUCUGGAUUUCCCCACCUUCAUGUUCUAUUCCGUGCCAUCGAUGUUGGUCUAUACCGGUCUGAUGUUUGUCUGGUUGCAAUAUCACUUUAUGGGUCUGUUCCGUCCCAAGAGCAAAGAGGCUGAGGAAGUGAAAUUGGGCCAACAAGGCGCCGGCGUGGCCAAGAAAAUUAUCGAUCAACGUUACAAGGAAUUGGGACCCAUGUCCAUACAUGAAAUUCAAGUUAUGAUUCUCUUCAUCAUCAUGGUCAUUAUGUAUUUCACAAGGAAACCUGGUAUUUUCCCCGGCUGGGCUGAUUGGUUGGAUACGGUGCCCAUUAAGAAUUCUAUGCCCACCAUCUUUGUUGUGGUCAUGUGUUUCAUUCUGCCCGCCAAUUAUGCCUUUAUGCGUUACUGCUGCAAUCGCAAGAAUCAACCAUUGCCCACAGCUACCACUCCCUCGUUGAUUACCUGGAAAUUCAUUCAGUCGCGUGUGCCAUGGGGUUUGAUUUUCUUGUUGGGUGGUGGUUUCGCUUUGGCUGAGGGUAGCAAACGUUCGGAUAUGGCAAAACUGAUUGGUCAAGCUUUGGUUGGUUUGAAAUCCCUGCCCCAUGCUGUCCUCUUGUUGGUCAUCAUUUUGGUUGCUGUCUUCUUGACGGCAUUCAGUUCAAAUGUGGCCAUUGCCAAUAUUAUGGUACCUGUAUUGGCUGAAAUGGCCCUUGCCAUUGAAAUCCAUCCUUUGUACUUAAUUUUGCCCGCCGGUUUGGCAUGCAGUAUGGCUUUCCAUUUACCUGUUAGUACGCCGCCGAAUGCCCUGGUGGCGGGUUAUGCAAAUAUACGCACAAAGGAUAUGGCCAUUGCUGGUGUUGGACCCACCAUUAUUAGUAUUGUUGUCCUAUUCGUUUUCUGUCAAACAUGGGGCGCUGUGGUCUAUCCCUCGUUGACCACCUUCCCCGACUGGGCACGUGAAAUGGCCGUCAAUGCCACAUCUUAAGUUAUAUUUAAGAGACUUGUAUCUUUUGCAAAACACUAAUUGUAAUAGUAGUAGUAAAUCUGUCAAAUUUCCCUUCUUUACGCUCGAUUCCCAACUUCUUCUACUUCUUCACCAGUCAUAGAAAAACCAACCAACCAACCACCCAUCCACCUUUCCUCCUCUUCAACUCAAUGAAAAGAAAAACAAUAUCCUUCAAAUCUAUGGUUCAUCUUCCCCACCUAGACUCUUGUAUGUUUUUGGUAGCCUAUAAGUUUUGUAAGUGAGAAAAUGUGUGCGUUUUUCCAUGUAUGUAGUUAAGGAGAUUCGGCCAUGAUUUAAUUUUAAAAAAUUAGGAUUUUUUUAAUUCGAAAUACGAAGAAGAAUUGUAUGUUAAUGUUACUUAACCCUGUCCUAGUGUCAUGGUCCCGUCAAAGUAAAUGUCUACGUUGUCCUGCAUUCAUUCAUGACCCCUAAUUCUCGAUUAAACAAAAAAAAAAAAACAAAAACUAUGUAACCCCAAUUUCUUGUUAUAUAAAUUAUGUAUCAUAUACAUAUGUACAUACUUGCCGCAUCUGCUACAUAUACAUAUAUAUAUAUAUAUAUUUAUGUAUGUAUACAAAACAUGUAUGUAUACAUGUAUUAUUAUAACAACAAAAUGUGAAACUCUAUGCAUUUCUGUUAACACUGUAUUUUUUUGAAAUUGUUUUUUUUUUAAUUUUUAAUACAAUAACUGUGUUUUUUUUUUAUAAAACGAACUUAAGAAGGUGGACAUUUAUAUACAUAUUUUUUUGUACAACUGAUGAACAAUAAUCAAUAAGAGAAGAAACAACAAUCAACAAUAUACACCCACUGCAACAAAUCAAACAAUAACUUAGACAACAACAAAAGGACACAAAACACACACACAUCAUAUUAACAAAAAUACAAUGAGAUAUAGAAUUUAAAAUCAUUUUAAGCUAAAUAAUUAUAACAAUAAUUAAAUAAAAUUUAAAAAAAAACAAUGAAAAAAAUAUAUUUUAGAUAUUUUUACAAAAUGAAAUGAAAUUUAUGUACUUUAAAUGUAUACAAACAAAAAGUAAAUAAGGAAAUAAAAAUAUAAUUAAAAAUAAUAAAAAAAAA